AUGCAUUCACAGCCAUUACCAUUAAUAGAAUCGCCAGAUUCAAUAGAAUUAGAUCCCAUCAAUCAUGAGAAUUUGGCUAUCUACGGAUAUUUGAUACUAAUAUCUACAUGGAUAUUGUUCAUCAUUUCAGUAAAUUCAAUUUUCGAAAUUUGGAGAUUUAUAAUUCAACCAUUACAAUUGUCAUCAUCAUCAUCAAUAGUAUUACAUGACAAAUUAACAAGUUUUUUUGAAACUAUUGAUUCCUAUAUAAUAAAAUUAUGGUGUAUCUAUGUAGUAUGUUGGUGGUGGGCCAUUGUAUCAUGGAGUGGGAUAAAAUUAUUUCGUCAUUCUAAAGGUAUUCAAGGGUAA